AUUUGUGUAUAUACCCUUAUUGAUCCCGUUGCUAAGGCAUAUACAAACACGGGGUGAAAAAAGUGACUCACGGCUCUUUAGUUUAUAGUAGUGGAUUAGUUUAACUUGUUUACAUGUAAAAUAUUUAUAUUUAAACAAUUAUUUUACUUGAACACAUUUAGUGAAUAACAACUAUUGUGCAUUCGACCAUCGAACGGAAGUACCCCAGGAAGUAGGUACCUGACAUUAUUGCGCUGACUCGUCGCACAGUUUAAUUUCGGAAAAAUUGAAAUAAUAAUGAAUUUAACACCAACUGUAUUUUAAAAGAAUGCGUUUCGUUCUAAUAAUAUUUACAUUAGCCAAUGUUCUAAUCGCGAGUGGUACAAGUGUUUGUGGUGUUAAUGAAGUGUAUGACAAUAAAAAAGAUCUUAACUUCGCGUUGUUGCUUCAAGAGUGCUCGCCAAUAAAUCCGGAAUCUUGGACGUAUAUAAACUCGGCAAUUUGGACCGCCGACCGCUUGAACAAAUUAAAUUUCACGUCGCCUUUCAAUUUUGGGCUAACAGUUUAUCAAACGUGCUCAGAAGCAGAAGAUUAUGACGCGAUUUACAAGAUAUUCAAGGAGGAGGAGACGGGGAUACUCGUGGGUGCUCUUUCCAACCACCCCCUUUCCAAAAAUUCGAAAAGAUUUUCUGACGCCCUCGAUCUUCGUUUCGUCGUCACCGACAGCUACCAAAUUUGGAUUUUCGAGGCGGCCGUUAAAUUUUUAUUGACGUUCGAUUCAAGCACGAAUGUAACAAUUUAUGCAGAGAACGAGAAUGUUCUUCGAAUACUUUAUUCGUUGACCAAAAACGCGAACAUCUGUGUGCAAAAUGGACAUGUUCUAAAGGAACUUAGCAGAAUUGAAAAGCCAACGAAUGGAAUUGAGGUUAUAGUGUCGAGGCGGGAAACCGUCAAGGCGUUUUUGGCCAAUUCUACUCAAUGCAACGACACUCAAAUGGUUUUUGUCCCGUUAGAUUCAUCCUUCAACAUCGAUUUUCCAGAUGGAAGCUACGUGAUUCGGCCUCUUCUCGCAGAAACUAUGAACGACACCAAAUUCGAUCCGUCGCCAAUAUUCUUUAGCAUAGCAAAUCAUCUGGUACAGGCAGCUGCCCGAAUUUCGGAGGUCGCGGUCGGAAGUUGCAAUCAAACGGGCGAUAAACUGACAUGCUUGCGAAACACUCGCCGACGUCAUUUUGAUAAUUCAGCCAAACUUGACCCCUUUCACGUUUUAAGUAUUUUAAAUGUUGAACAGGCGCCCGAUGGCUUUGCAUACAAUAUUUUUCGAGUGGAAAAUUUGACCUUAAUUAACGAUUUAAACGUGGCCUAUAAUGCAGAUUAUUUGCAAUACUUUACGCAUAUUUUCACCUACAUUCUGUUUAACAAAAGUUUGGUGAGCGCCAAUGAUGGCAACACAUCAGUUGUGUUCGACAGAGAUCCGGUAUGCCAAAUGUGUAGAUAUCAAUGCGCAAAUUUCGUACCGAAAGCUCCGCCGAAGAGGAUUUUAAUAUCGUACGCGUUUAGUAAAUUUGGGUUACGGACGGACUCUUGGGUUUACGCUUUUUUGGCCGUUUCGCUUUUAGGGGUUAUACUUUGCUUGGCUGUUUUCAUUUUUAUUGUAGUAAGAUUUUGUAAGAAUGAUAUAUUCGAAGGUAAUCCAUCUUUGACAAUAAUACUAUUAGUAACGGUCGUAUUGAUGUACUGCUCGGUAAUUCCUUUCGCAAUUGACACUGACAAAGAAGCACGAGGUUACCUGUGCGUCGUAAAGGCAUUGUCCACUACAUUAACAUACGCAUUUGCAUUUUCUGUGCUGCUAUCGCGGAGUAUUUUACUGGCAACGAUUUCCAAAGAAGUAGGUUUUAUGGCACACGUAGCGGGUCCGGUCCAGUCAUUUUUAACGUUGUUUAUUUUUGGUGUACAAGGCGCGUUAAGUUUACAAUUUGUUAGCCACUGCGAAGACGUCUUCCACGGCAUCUCCUUCGUCUAUUUAAUGUGCUAUAACGUUAUUUUGUUAGUCCUGCUUUUAUUUAUUUGUCCAUUAAAUACGAGAUCACAACGAAAUUAUAAGGAAGGAAAAUAUUUCACUGUUGCAAUUUCAAUUAUUGCGUGCGUUUGGUCGUGUUGGAUACCGGGAUACGCGGUUUUCGAUCAAGAAUGGAAGGAGCCGAUGCUGUGUCUUGGAUUAGUCUCAACAGCUAGCAUACUGUUGGGUGCCAUUUUCAUUCCAAGAACGUAUAUGAUGACCGUUGCAGCCACAAGAGAUAGAUUAACCAGCGUGUUACCUUCUCUUCAAGCGAAUUCUAGUCUCGUGGAUGUCUACAGGGCAAGCACGCAGCCCAUCUACGAUUGCAUCAAUAUUGCUGCCAUCACCGCAAGAUGUGGCCCACCGGCCGCUCCUCCCCUACCUCAGCCAGAAGUAUAUUCGACCUUGCCUACUGCCUAUGAAGAAGACUUCCAAUUCGUAAGACCCCCAUCGCCCGAUACAGAUAAAGUUACACGAUUCUGAGUUUACAACUUGUUCCUACAACGCUUAUAACAUAAAUACACACAUUGUAGUCUUUGUAAAAUAAAAAUCAU